AUGGAUGAUGGACAGACAAGGAAGGAGGACAAUCUGGAAGAUGGUGAUGAGAAGGUGACGCUGCUCAGCGGUAAGCCGCGCCGUGAGUGCUCGUGGACUUGUGGUGCUGCAGAGUUUGUCGAUGAUUUAGCAGGAGCCAUCGGCUACAAGCUCCUGGUUAUGUUGUUUUUUGUGGAACAUGUCAACAGAGGCUUUGUUGCUGACUUCGCAGGUCAGGCAGAUUCCUACGUCUACAAGUCGUAUUCGGUCCCUGCGCCUCGAGUUCAGAUCUUCACAGGAAUUGCUGGUCUUCCAUGGGCUUUGAAGCCUGUAGUUGGCCUCAUCAGCGAUGUAAUGCCUAUAGGUGGUUACCACAAAGCGCCGUACAUGGUCGCAGCCGUUAGCUUUGGCACCCUUGCCUUUUUAGGCGUGGGGCUAAUUCCACACAACUUGCUUCCCCUAUCUCUGUUGGUAGUCUGCUUCUUCCUGCAGCAGUCGCAGCUGUCAGUGUGCGACAUCCUGACUGAAGCGAGAUACGCGCAGAAGAUCCAGGACGUGCCAGCUUUCGGGUCCCACAUAUUAAGCUUUGUCUGGUUUGGGAUGAAUGCUGGGUCAGUCCUGGGCAUUCUAUUUUCUGGCCUCCUGCUCAAUCAUUCGUCUCCGAAGUUGCUGUAUUUGCUUUCUGCUUUACCAGCGGGAUUGGUGCUGAUCCCCUUGUGCUAUGGCUGCCUUGAAGAAAAGAUCGUGCAGCCAGAAGAGACGGCUGAAAGAAGGAAGAAAUUCUACGAGCAGAAGGAGGCUUGCUUCUUGAGCCUGUUAAUCUGCAUCGUCUGCCUCGGUUUGACCGCCUGCGGGCUGCUUUCCGACAGCACCCGCACCAACGCGAUGGCUGCCACCGCUGCUUUUUUCGUGGUGGGAUUUUUCUUUAGCGUAUUCCUUUCACCCACGAUCGCCAGAUUCAACUUGUGGUCAUUGUUGCAGACAUCGCUGUCAUUAUCAACAAGCGGUGCUGCUUUCUAUUUCAUGACCGACACUGAGAAGCAGUACCCAGAGGGGCCUCAUUUCACACCGAUUUACUACAACUCCGUGAUUGGAACUGUUGGAUCGCUCAUGUCUUUGGUUGGUAUCGUCACGUUCCAGCGGUACUUUAGCAGCUGCCACUAUCGGAACUUACUGUUGGUCACCAACCUUGCCUUCUGUUUCAUGAACGCUUUGGACACCAUCUUGUUUAAGCGCCUCAACGUGAGCCUGGGCAUCCCAGAUCAUGCAUUUGUGCUUGGUACAAGCUGCAUGCAGAAUGUGCUCAAGCAGUGGCAAUGGAUGCCGCAAGUCAUCAUCCUCUCGUACUUCUGCCCAAGGGGCAUGGAGGCAACAAUGUAUGCUCUCCUUGCAGGCUGCCAUAAUCUGGGCAAUACUAUUGCCAGCAGCUGGGGAGCUCUUCUUCUGGAAGGAUUCAGUGUUAACCCUACUGGAUCUGAUGGUGAAUCUGCCCAGUUCGAGAAUCUUUGGAAGGCCUCUUUGAUAGCUUCCUUAAUGCCAAUUGUCACAGUGCUGGCGCUCUUCCACUUCAUUCCCGACGUCAAGCAGGGCGAUCCUGUCGUGGAUCCCGACGCUCCUGCAACGCGCGGCUCUCUCUGGAAGCAGUUCUGGAACCUUCACGACUGA